GCAUCGUUACCCAUCGCUCCACAAAAGCCGCAGCCCUUGCAGAGCAAGGGGCAACACUACUUCUAGGUUUCAGAGCAAGUGACGUAACUGAUUGAAACGCUACUAGCGCGUACCCGCUAACUAGCUAGCCAUUUCACAUCCGUUACAUACACACACCAUAUAUAUAUAUAUAUAUAUAUUUUUUACAUAUCUCAGAAGGAAGAUACCUCAAUAUCUGGAAGCACUGUCUCAUGUACAAUUGUUAAUGCUAUCUCUGAAAUGUCUAACAAAAUGUUGACUUGAACGUUUCAUCAAGACCUUCUCAUCACAAGUUGGAACUAGUGGUCAACAUUAUGCAGCCAUAAAUAACAUGGACCAAUAUUUUCAUGGAGUGAGCAAGACCUGCCAGCAGAGCUCACUGGAGCAGGGAGAUAUCCCGUCAUCCUUUUGGCGCCUGACAAAAUCAUCACAGCAGCCGAAGUUGCGGUGCAGAGGGAGGAGAUCCUUCAAGCAUCAGGCCUCAUCUCGUCACAGAGGGAGGGGAUCCUCCAAACAGACAGUGUCCCUGUACAGAGGGAGGGGAUUCUCUCAGCAGCUAGCAUCACUGCACAGAGAGAGGAGAUCCUCCGAACAUCAGGCCUUAUCCCUGUACAGAGGGAGGGCAUCCUCCAAACAGCCGGUGUCCCUGCACAGAGGGAGGGGAUCCUCCAAACAGCCAGUGUCCCUGCACAGAUGGAGGGGGUUCUCCCAGCAGAUAUAAUCAUUGCAAAGAAGACGGAGAUCCUCUGUGCAUCAGAUCUCAUCCCGUCACAGAGGGAGGGGAUUCUUUCAGCAGCUAGCAUCAUUGCGCAAAGGGAGGAGAUUUUCCUAGCAUUAGGCCUCAUCCCGUCACAGAGGGAAGGGAUUCUUCCAGCAUCUUCUAUCACUGCGCAGAAGAAGAUCCUCAGAGCAUCAGGCCUCAUCCCUGCACAGAGGGAGUUGAUCCUCCUGAAGGCCAUCGUCCCUGCGCACAGGGAGGGGAUUGUCCCAAAGGCAAGUGUCUCUGCUGAGAGGGAGGGGAUCCUCGAAACAGCCAGUGUCCCUGCACAGAGGGAGGGGGUUCUCCCAGCAGCUAGCAUCACUGCGCAGAGGGAGGAGAUCCUCCGAGCAUCAGGCCUCAUCCCUGAAGAGAGGGAGGACAUCCUCCUCACAGACAGUGUCUCUGCACAGAGGGAGGGGAUUCUUCCAACAACUACUGUCACUGUGCGAAAGGAGAAGAUCCUCAGAGCAUCAGGCCUCAUCCCUGCACAGAGGGAGUUGAUCCUCCUGAAGGCCAUCGUCCCUGCGCACAGGGAGUGGAUCGUCCCAAAGGCUUGUGUCCCUGCAGAGAGGGAGGAGAUCUUCCUCACAACCAGUGUCCCUGUGAAGAAUGGACACAAUCAUCCACAACCACCUCCCAUCAUCCCCAUAGUAGCACCACUGUGUAAAUGGGAUGGUGGAGCGUGUACUCCACCUGUGGAUUUCUAUUCCAAGAGAAGAGAUGUCCGACUUCGAUAUGUUGAGCAUCCUGCUAUGAUGUCCAUCACCAAGCCGGAACACUCCGAGGCCAACCCUCAGUGCCAGACUGGCAGCCGGCCGGUGGCUGAGCCCGAGACCCCUGCUGUUCACAAUAACAGUGGAGGCUGGCUCAGCUGGGUCUUUGGGAGUGGAAGAGUUAAUAAGAAGGAGGUUCAUCUACCUGAGGACAAAGACAGAUCUAUUGUCCGGGAUCCAACUCUGCACAGAUGGGUUAACAAAACUGAGCCCAAGGCUGAGAACAAGUGUGUACCACCACCUCCACCGAUGGGGACAUAUGGAUAUCAGGGGAACACUGGCAGUGUCCCCGAAGGAGUGAAUCCUUACUCUAUGAAAGCAGCAGUUCUAUGGGGCAGCAUAUGCCCUACAAUGCAUUACAAUGAUGGGACCAACUCAAAGCCUCCAAGCCAUGGGCCUGGACUCCUUCCUAGACAGCUCUGGCUUGCUCCCUCCUUCACACUUUGACCUCAUGGCACCAAUGGUUGUGCCACCUGACACUCUACCCUACUGAGGUAUGACUCUGGAAAAUCCUUCCAAAUUGUAUCCAUUCAUCAUUAACUGAGAUUUUUCUUUAACAUAGCAAGUGGCUGAAAUAGCAAGGAUGUUAACUAUUUUUUAUUUUUGUUCAAGAGGCCAUUUGCCCAGAGUGGAUUUGCCAUACAUAGAUUUUUUCAGCUUUAAAAAUCUUCAGCAUAAAAAAGUAUUAAAAGAUGAUCUUUUAAUUAAAUCUCUCCUUUGUGUCAUGUUCACAUUAA